GGGAACCCCGUGCAGGGCAGACGGAGGGUGGUGAUCGGGGCUAUCGCGAGCACGAAUAAUCCUGGCCGUCGCCUCAGCAGAAUAAAGUUUUAUUUUUCAUGGCAAAACGAAGGCUGGAGCUGGGAGAAAGUGGCCACCAGUAUCUUGCUGAAGGACUAAAGACUCCAAAGGGGAAAGGAAGAGCUGCAACAAGAAGUCCAGACAGUCCAAAAACCCCAAAAUCUCCUUCAGAAAAGACUCGGUAUGAUACAUCACUUGGCCUUCUUACAAAGAAGUUCAUUCAGUUGCUGAGCCAAUCUCCUGAUGGGGUCUUAGAUUUGAACAGAGCGGCUGAGGUCCUCAAGGUGCAAAAAAGGAGGAUUUACGAUAUCACCAAUGUACUGGAAGGCAUCCAUCUCAUUAAGAAAAAAUCCAAAAACAACAUUCAGUGGAUGGGCUGCAGCCUGUCGGAGGACGGUGGCAUGUUGGCACAGCGUCAAGGCCUCACGAAGGAGGUGACCGAACUGACUCAGGAAGAGAAGAAACUGGAUGAGCUAAUCCAAAGCUGCACCCUGGACCUCAAGCUGCUAACAGAGGACUCGGAGAAUCAGAGAUUAGCUUAUGUCACGUAUCAAGAUAUCCGAAAAAUUAGUGGCCUUAAAGACCAAACUGUUAUAGUUGUGAAAGCUCCUCCAGAAACAAGACUUGAAGUGCCUGACCCGGUGGAGCAGAGUGCAUUGAUACAUUUAUCUAGUACUCAAGGACCCAUUGAAGUUUAUCUGUGCCCAGAGGAAAACGAUGCCCUCAGUCCAAUGAAAACCUAUAGUCAGGACCACAACGGGAAUAUUUCCAAAACCUUUUCCAAAGAAGUGGCUUCUGCUAACUCAGGACAAGGCGACUGCUCAGUAAAUAUGGCAACAAUCUCUCCACUGGCUUCUCCAGCCAACCUUCUCCAGCAGACAGAGGACCAAAUUCCCUCAAACUUUGAAGGACCGUUUGUGAAUUUGCUGCCUCCUCUGCUUCAGGAAGAUUAUUUGCUGAGCCUUGGGGAUGAAGAAGGCAUCAGUGACCUCUUUGAUGCUUACGAUUUAGAGAAGCUUCCUUCGUUGGUGGAUGAAUUUAUAUACAGCUGAUUCUCUUAAACGCUGUCCGUACCUAAAGCGUGGUUUUAAUGGAAUCAAAAAACCUGCCGUCAUUCAGAGUUGUCCCCUACUUACUAUAAAAUAGCAUUAUUAAAUAAACUAGGCUCUCGAACAGCGCUGAUAUUUUAAUUAAAUACUCCCUAAAAUAACCAUAAACGACAAAGGGAAGGUUCUUCCAGCAAAGGCCUUCUCCUUGACCCUGAGCUCCGGCGCCUUGUGAGUUCGGCAAGUGCAAGCAGGUGACCCUAAAUGUUUUGUCUUCACACUCCCCCCCAGUCUCUGCUUACGGUGACCAGUGGGCUUAACGGAGAAGGGCUGGAGGAACUGGUUUAGUCCUAAGUAACAAUUUUAUAAUAGUAUUUCAGGCCGUGCCUUCUGCAGAGAACGCAUGUCUUUUGGGUGUCGCAACACGGAUCCUACCCGCAGUGACCGUAAAUAUGAAGUAAUGCAAGAGAGUGAAAUGGGAUUCUUCAGCUACUUUGUAGGAAUGUUUAAAUUGCUGUCAUAACGCUCAUUUUGAGCUGUGUAUAUGUCUCAUUAUGAGGUCAAAUACUUAUGUCCUUAAAAGCUUUUAAUAGAAAAAAAAAAAUACACUGUAAAUGUAGUGUAUAUUGCAAAUAUUGAAAAGUAUGAAGUUCUGCCACUUCUCAUAGUAAUCGCAGAUUUUUAAAAAUGCUUGUGUGCGCGCGUGUGUGUGUGAAAGUAGGUUUUGUUGGUUGUUUUUUUAAACUAGAACGAAGAUGCACAGUUCAAUUUCACUGCCCCCGAUGUGCAUUAGAACUGGUACAUAAAUUUUUGUGGUACUAAGUGGGGCUUUGUGUUAAGUGCCUACUAGAGAUGCACUGUGGGUUUUUCCCUCUAUGGAAAACACUUCUGCCAAGCUUUGUUUGUUGGAUAUAUCAUAUUUAUCUCAGUGGGUUAGCUUCCUCUGCUUACAGCUUUUUAUAAUUCUCUUCGCCAGCAAAAUGGAACUAAUUUUUUUUUUCCAAAGUACAUAACUGUAAGUACCACAUCAAAUGAAUUGCAUUUAUUUUUUGAAGAUCUUUGGUAGUAUAGUAUAGUACCAAUAUUUAUUUUUUGAACGUGAGAGGAAUUCUAAGAAGUCUUAAAUAAUUUUUCUUUUUUUUUUUUUUUU